UUUUUCUCCGGGUCCAACGGCCGACCGCGCUUUCCGUGACGUCAUCGGUCGUUCCCGACGGUCGGGGCGAACUCUAGCGGGUAUAAAAGUGCCGAGUCGACAGGCCAGAGUCACACUUCUAGCGGUAUUCGGAUCGUAGAUAUUACGUCAGCCGAGUUUGAUGUAUCGUACCCAACAAAGAAUGGAAAAAGCUAACCAAGAGAUGGAGGAAAAUAAACUGAACAGCGAAUUCAUCAACCGGGUCACGCAGCUCCCGGUGGUGAACUUUGCCUGGGAUUAUGCCAGUAACACUUAUGGAAAAAUAAAGGAUCACAACAAGUUGUUCAAUUACACUCUGUCCACUGCCGAAAAGUCCGUAAUGUUUGCCGCGCAGCAGGCCAGACCGGUGGUGCUGAAGUUCGAGAAACAAUUGCACGCUGUGGACGAAUUGGCUCUUGAGGGACUGAACAGACUUGAAAAGACUGCUCCAAUAAUAACUAAAUCUCCAGAUGAGAUAAUUGGUGAAACAAAGAAACUUUAUUCUUCAACACUACAGAGUGGAGUAGAAAAAUAUGAAGGACUUAAAACUUAUGGAACAGAAAGAGUGAAGGCUGCCAAAGAUUUUGGAAUUGGCAAAGCCGUCACACUGUUGAAUACUCCUUACGGGCUUCAACUGGUUAAAUCUGUAGAUGGUGCAAUCACUUUGACAGAAAGUUGUGUGGAUUAUUACCUUCCUGCCAUAGAAGACGAAAAGGAAAAUAGUACACCCCUCAAGGAUGAAGCAGUUGCCAAUAAAGUCGGGAGGCUGUCUAACAAAAUGAGACGACGCAUAUACAAACAUGCAAUGAUCAAUCUCCACAAUCUGCAGAAACGUAGUCAAGAGUCUAUUGGCAAGCUCAAUCAUACCAUUGAUUUGAUCAAAUAUGCAAAAGAUAAUUUAGAUGUUGCUGCAACAUUGGGAACUGUUCAAAAUCGUGCAACUUGGCUCUGGAAUGAACUAAACAAGAAUGAAGACCAAAGUGCUAACAGUGAAAAAAACUGGGAACAACAAAUACUUUCAGUUGCAAGACAAGUAACAAAGCAGAUGGUAAAAACUUACACAAAUACAACAUCUAUUGUACAAUUGCUCCCAACUAACGUACAGCAACGUCUUUCUAUUACUCGUGAUUAUUCUGUAGACUUAUAUAACCAGUUUGCCAAGACAACCCGCCUGGACGAUCUUACAAGUGUUAUGUUGAAACAAGUACAACAGAAUUUGAGGUUUAUCGAAGAAACAUUUGGUAGUUAUUUUGAAACUAUUCUUCGCUCUCAGCCCUUAACUUGGUUGGUCUCCGGCAAGGAUAGUACCUCUAACGUCACGACUUCGGAGGUAACGCAAGAGAAAUAAGGUCUUUUGAACUUAUCGUGUACCUGUGACUUUUUACGUAUGAAAAAAUAGUUAUGACCCCCGUAUUUUGUAAACAUACACAGCACAUUUUUGUACUGAUUUAUAUAUCUAUAUUUGAUAUUGUCAUAUAUUUGAGAAUAACCGCUUUAUUUUGAUACUGAAAUAAAACUGCUGCAUGUUGAA